AUGGACUUACACCGGGCGGCAUUCAAGAUGGAGAACUCACCCUAUCUCCCCAACCCACUGGCCUCCCCAGCACUGAUGGUUCUUGCCUCCACUGCCGAAGCCAGCCGUGAUGCUUCCAUUCCCUGCCAGCAGCCAAGGCCUUUUGGGGUCCCUGUGUCAGCAGAUAAGGACGUGCACAUUCCCUUUACCAAUGGCUCAUAUACUUUCGCCUCCAUGUAUCACCGCCAAGGCGGGGUGCCGGGAGCAUUUGCAAACCGUGACUUUCCUCCAUCCUUACUUCACCUUCACCCCCAGUUUGCACCCCCCAACCUGGACUGCACCCCGAUCAGUAUGUUGAACCACAGUGGCGUUGGGGCUUUCCGCCCCUUUGCAUCCACUGAUGACCGGGAGAGCUACCAGUCAGCCUUUACACCGGCCAAGCGCCUCAAAAACUGCCAUGACACUGACUCACCCCAUCUGCGCUUCUCGGACACUGAUGGGAAGGAGUACGAGUUUGGCACCCAGCUCCCCUCCAGCUCCCCUGGCUCCCUCAAAGUUGAUGAUACAGGGAAGAAGAUCUUUGCUGUUUCUGGCCUCAUUUCUGACCGUGAGACCUCAUCCAGUCCCGAAGACCGAAGUGAUAGAUAUAGAAGCGACAACCAAAGAGGGCCCCAGGCGUCUGCAACUGCCACUCAUCGUAUGAUUUUAACUCUCCCCCUCUGCAAAAAGAAAGCAACUUUGUUUGACAGCCAGGCUCCAAUCUGCCCCAUCUGCCAGGUCCUUCUUCGCCCUGGGGAGUUGCAGGAGCACAUGGAGCAGGAGCUGGAGAAGCUCACACAGCUGAACAUCAGCAAGAGCUCCAUCCUGAAGGAUGCCAUGGCAGCAGGCACCCCCAAGUCAAUUUUGUUGUCGGCCUCAAUCAAGCGGGAAGGAGAUUCUCCGACAGCAUCACCCCACUCCUCAGAUGACAUCCAUCACUCAGACAGAUACCAGACCUUCCUGCGGGUGCGAGCGAACCGGCAGACCCGGCUGAACGCUCGGAUUGGAAAAAUGAAACGGAGGAAGCAAGACGAAGGGCAGGUAUGUCCCCUCUGCAGCCGACCUCUGUCAGGAUCCGAGGAGGAGAUGAGUAGGCAUGUGGAACAAUGCCUUGCAAAGAGAGAAGGUUCAUGCAUGACUGAGGAUGACUCUGUGGACAUUGAGAACGAGAACGGCAACCGCUUCGAAGAGUACGAGUGGUGCGGACAGAAGAGGAUACGGGCUACUACUCUGCUGGAGGGAGGAUUUCGAGGUUCUGGGUUUAUCAUGUGCAGCGGGAAGGAGAAUCCAGACAGCGACGCUGACCUGGAUGUGGAUGGAGACGACACACUCGAAUACGGGAAACCACAGUACACAGAGGCAGACAUCAUCCCUUGCACUGGAGAAGAGCCAGGUGAAGCCAAAGAAAGAGAGGCGCUCCGAGGUGCUGUUUUAAAUGGUGGCACACCAAGUACUCGAAUAACGCCGGAGUUUUCUAAAUGGGCCAGUGAUGAAAUGCCCUCAACGAGUAAUGGUGAAUGCAGUAAACAGGAGACCAUGCAGAAGACCUGUAAAAACAGUGACAUUGAAAAAAUUACAGAAGACUCUGCAGUGACAACAUUUGAAGCGUUAAAGGCUCGUGUCCGUGAGUUAGAAAGGCAGCUUUCCCGUGGGGACCGCUAUAAAUGUCUCAUUUGCAUGGACUCCUACACAAUGCCCCUGACUUCUAUUCAGUGCUGGCAUGUGCACUGUGAAGAAUGCUGGCUGCGGACUCUGGGUGCCAAGAAGCUCUGUCCUCAGUGUAACACCAUCACCUCUCCUGGAGACCUUCGGCGCAUCUACUUAUGAAGGACCCAGCAGGAGGGUGGGACCCAGCUACUCGGCUCAGCUCAUGACAUCACACCCAGGGGGAGAAGAAUGACCACAACAACAAAAACCAAGGAAAUAAAAAAACAACGUUUUAAAAUUUAAAAUAAAAACAAACCAGAGACUCCAGACAUGAACUCGAGGAUAAGGAGCAGUGGGGAGCCUUGGCUGCCAGGUCCCGCAGUUUGAGACCUCCUUCAGCAUCUGCAGCGGGAAAAACCGAAUCCUUUGUUGUGAAGCCCCCUUUUUUUAAAACCAGUGUUCCCCAUCACCCAUUCCCUGGAGCUGGCUUUGCAUUGUGGAGGGCUCAUGAGCCCUCCUUUGGACUGUGUUGUUGACCACUCUGCCCCCAGGAGACUGGGGAAGGGACCCUUGACAGAAAGAUGUUAAAUAACCUGUAACUUGUGUUCCUUGAUCAGUUUUUGUUUUGUUUUUGUUUGUUUUGGUUUUAUUUUUUUUUGUUUGGUUCUGUUUUGGUUUUUUGUGGUGUUCUAGUGAUGACUAAAAGGUUUAAAGAAAUAAAAAAACACACCCAGGCAGAAAUGAAGCACAUGUAAUAUAGAUUAUAUAUGUUUACAAUGUUGUGUAUAAAUGGGAUAGACUCAAACAUUACAUACUAAUAAGUUUCCCUUUCUUUUCUUUGGGUUGUAUUUUUUUUAAAGAAGAAAAAAAAUGAGCAGAGAACAUUAAACCCAUAUUUUUCUUGGUUCAGCAAAGUUUUGGCAUUAAAGUCAUUAGUUUAAAAAAAGUAUAUAUAUACAUAUAUAUAAUAUAAAUGGUUUAAUGUUCUGUGGUGUAUAUUUCCUCAUUCAGAUAUGAAGUUAACAGCUUUUAGUAAUGGCUGUAGCAUUGCCCAUAACUUACAGAACUUAUGGGGAGUAGAGGAGGUGGAUUUUUGUCAUUAGUUGUAGCUAAUGGGGCUAUUUAUAAUAGAAUCGUUAUCCCCCGAAAGACAG